ACCCCAAGCGUUGGUUUUGGCAUUUCAUAUAUUGAUAGCAUCGAUAGAAAUAAUAAUUUUUUUGUCAACAUCACUGUCGCAUUCCGAACUGCAAGCUUUUCUUUUUAUUUUUUGGUUAAAAACAAAAUACACGCUACUUACUCGGAUUAUUAUUUGUGAUUUUUGAUGAAGAAUCAAGAAUAUAAAGGUAAUCUCAUUGUCUGACUUGGGAGUACGGAAAUUCGCCGAUUUGUUUCCAAGAACAUGGCAAAUUCUUUCUUCUCGUUCACUUCAUUUGAUUUCAAUGGAAUCCAAGGCCGUUUUAGCAGUCUUGCAGAGGAUAAAGACAAAGAGGAAGAGAUGCUCAAACGAAAGCAAGAUCAAAUGUUUAUCAUGGAAGAGUUUGAAGAGGUUAAUCCACUUUUUCCUGAAUUUGACUACCAGGACGAGAGUAUAGCCAAGAAUGAACUCAAUUUGUUAAAAGAUAAUCAGCAAUUAUUGGAGCAACAACAGCACCAAGCCAAAUCAAUUGAUUUGUCGUCGGGGAAUUUCCAGCCUAAUUUUGUUCAGGAAAAUGAAAUUCUGAAACUCAAAAGCGUCGAUACAGGCAGCGAACAGCUUUAUAAACCAGCGAAGGAAGCAACACAUCUAUCUGCAUUAUCAUCUCUGGAACUACUGAGUAAUUAUGCCAGCGGGUUCAAGAGGUUGAAGGGAAAACUGUCCUGCAACGACACAAUCGAAAUUAGCGAGGGAAGUCGCAAGAAAUUAUCAACGGAAGAAAUCAUGAGGGUGGCUGGAGCAAGGUAUAUACAGUUUUCUGAUCAAAGUUAUGAUGAUUUUUCAAUGGUGAUGCACCCUUUUGGUUAUGCUCUCUCGGGCCUGUCCGAAGAAGAAACUAGAGAUGUUGAACUGGCUCAUCUUCUUCUUGCGGCGGCCGAGAAAGUCGGCAACCAACAAUACGAACGCGCAACCAGACUGCUCUCACGUUGUGAAUGGAUUGCGGUUGAAAGAGGUAAUCCUGUCCAAAGAAUUGUUUUUUAUUUUGCGGUGGCUCUUCGAGAGAGGAUUGAUAAAGAAACAGGCAACAUCACUUCCAGGGAAUUACAACUAGCGGGAAAAGGAAUAACUACAGCCGAUCACGGCUUGGGUACUAAUUCUGUAUUCCUUUCGUUCUAUCAGCUUAUCCCAUUUAAUCAGGUUUUGUAUUUCGCCGCAAUCCAAACCAUACUAGAAAAUGUUUCAAAUGCAAGUAAGGUCCAUUUGGUCGAUUUUGAGAUUCGGAGUGGAGUUCAUUGGACACCUUUUAUGCAGGCUCUUGCAGAGCGUGGGCAACGGCCUAUUCAACUUCUCAAGAUAACUGCUUUUGGGAUUAGAAAUAGAGAGGACAUGGAGGAGACAGGCAAGAGAUUGUCAAGCUUUGCUGAAUCAUUCAACUUGCCUUUUCAAUUCAAGAUUGUUUGUCUCUCAUCCUUCUCAGAGAUUAAAGAAGGAUUAUUCCAGGUCGAAAAAGAUGAAUCAGUUGUCAUUUAUUGUUCACUGAUAUUGAGAAUACUGAUUUCCCGGCCUAGUUAUUUGGAAAACCUAAUGAGUGUGAUCAGAAAGCUUAACCCAUCUAUCAUGGUGGUCAUUGAAGUUGAAGCUAACCAUAAUUCACCCUCUUUUGUGAAUCGUUUCAUUGAAGCCUUGUUCUAUUACAGUGCAUUUUUCGAUAGCCUUGAAACAUGCAUUGACAAUUUUGAUCAGAAAAUUAUGAUGGAAGCAGUUUUUAACAAUGGGAUUAAAAACAUUGUAGCCAGUGAGGGCGGUGAGAGAACUGUUCGAAGUGUAAAGAUGGAGGUGUGGAGAGCAUUCUUCUCAAGAUUUAGAAUGCUGGAAAUGGGAUUCAGCGACUCUUGUGUGUACCAGGCUAACUUGUUUGUUAAACAAUUCCCUUGUGCAAGUUGUUGCUCACUUGAUAAUAAUGGGAAGAGCCUAGUUAUUGGGUGGAAGGGAACACCAAUGCUUUCUCUUUCAGCUUGGAAGUUCUCCAGAGAAAAAGGAAGAUCAUUUCUGCAUUAUAGGUUCUAAUUGCUCUGUCAUCAUCAUUUCUGAAGGCCACAAACAAGGCCUUGUUAAUCUACACAAAUAAUAAAAAUAAGAGAGUUAAAUUGCU